GCCUAGUAAGAAGACUGCCGCAUGUUUUGAUCAUGGUGGGUUGUAAGAUUGUACAACAACAGGGCAGACUGUGUCGUAAUGACCUCUCGACUUUGUUGUUGCCGAGAAAGCACCAAGCAAGACCUUCGCGAUGCAGCUUGCCAAUCUGCCGGGCAUCAGCCACUGCUGUCUCCAGUCCUGUAAAGCAAGGCGACGGUUUCACAGUGCAAGGGACAUCGAGGAAGCAGAACGAGGAUCGCUACACACUCGAGGUCAAUGAAGGGGACUCUGGGAGAAUAUUGUAUGCUGGAGUGUUUGAUGGGCACGGGGGCAUGGCAACAGCGGACUGGUUGGAGAAGAACCUGAUCAAAUACAUUGAGAAGUACUGGCAAGGAAAGGGCAGCUCAGCAGAGUCAGACAUCACUGACGCCUUCAUCAAGGCGGACGAGAGGCUGCUGCAGCCAAAGAGCGGCUUCUUCGGGGGAAUGGGCGAGCGCGGAAUCGGGGGGUCCAAGUGCGGCUCCACGGCGGCAGUGGCGCUGGCGUUCAGAGAAGGCGGCACGACUAAGCUGCUGGCGGCAAAUGUGGGCGACGCGCGUGUGCUGCUCAGCCGCAAGGGCAAAGCACUGCAACUCACCACCGACCACGUACCCGACAGCGAGGAGGAGCGGCUGCGCAUCGAGGGGACAAACCCAAACCCGAGGCUGCCGCUGGUGCGCUACGUGGGGGGCACCUGGCGGGUGGGGGGGAUCCUGGCGCUCAGCCGAGCCUUCGGCGACGCGUAUUUGAAGGGCAGCCUGCAGUUCGAGGGUGUGCGCGCCGGCGGGGAUGGCUACAGCUCCGGCUUUGGGGUUGUCAGCGAGCCUGAGACCACCCUCAUUGACCUGACAGCGGAUGACGAGUGGCUGAUCCUUGCGAGCGACGGCCUGUUUGCAAAUGUGGAAAGGGGCGGCGGAGGCGGCUUGGAGAAUCAGGAAGUGGUGGACCUGUGCAACAAGUCGGGGGCGUCCCCUGAGCAGCUGGCCAAGAAGCUGGCCUUCGCUGCACAGGAAGCCGGGUCCACCGAUGAUGUCACUGUCGUGGUUGUGCAGCUUGGGCAGUAGCUGCGGACAUUCUUUGACUAUUUUUGGGAGUGGAUUUCUUUUUGAUUGCUGCAUGCGGACCAGGCCUGGCGUGCAAUGGUAGCUUGAGAGCACAGAUUGGUCUGCCAGUGCUGUUAUGUAUUAUUUUGGGUUAUGCAAACCCAGAGGAGAGGUGACAUCCAAAUCUUUGUGCCCCUUCUGGGGAGAAUCGGAUUCGUUUUCGAGGAGAUCUCAGGUAUUAUUGUUGACAACAAGGGCCACCUUGGGUCUCUUAAAGCAGAUCAAUGUGAACAGCAAUGCCUGUUGCUGGCGAUGGUGCCAUAAUGUCAAUCAGGAAGCUGACUGCAUGCAUGCAUUGCGCAAUAGAAAUGGGUUUAAUCGGGAACACUAGACUGGAAUGAUCCGAUCACUACUUCUGGUCAAAAGUGGCCAAGUCACAUGUAUGAGUGGCAUGGGGUGAAACAAGAAAAUUUAUUGGUCGAUGUCAGCAAGUGAAUACCCCUUGUAAGACUAAGCAAAGCC